AUGGUGGACAUGGAGAAAAGGGAGUGUAGUUGUAGAAAGUGGGAGCUUACUGGAAUUCCUUGCAAGCAUGCAAUUGCAAGCCUAAAUGAAAUGGUAGAUAAUAAUGAAAAGGUGGGAGAACUAUACACCUAUGUCCAUAAGGUGUAUUGGCUUGAUACAUGGAAAGAGAUGUACUCCUUCAAGGUGGAGCCUAUCAAAAUUAGAUCCAUGUGGCCUAAGAGUGACUGCCCAACAACUCUUGUACCUCCACCACACAACAAAGCUAUAGGCAGGCCAACAAAGAAAAGGAGGAUUACAACAAAGGAAAUGAUUGAAAUCCAGCAAUUAACUGUUAGCAAAAGGGUCACAAUGCCAGGACCUGCAAGGACAAAGAUGGGAAUUGAUGUUUAA